CUCAACGCGGGGGGGCCACGAUGGACGACGUCGCGCCCUCGCCGUUUCCGCAGAAGCGCCUGGCAUGCUUCGGCUGCCGCGACAAGAAGCUCCGCUGCGAAACCGACCGGGGCGACCGGUGCCAGAGGUGCACGCGCAAGGGCCUGUCCUGCGUGCGGCCCGAGAGCAAGCGCCAGAAGAAGCGUCUCUCGUCCCAAGCAUCACCGGAGACGCCGUCAAGCGCUCGGUUCGAGCACCGUCGCCAUGUCCGUGCUCUCGGCCGAGACAAAGGCCGCUGGGCGCACCACCACCGCAUCGCAGCAUUGCAGGAUUCAGCACCGGCGCUCGAGCCAGCGGUGCCCGGCGAGAGCGAGGCGGACCUGGCGCCCAUCGAGAGCGCUGAGCGGCUGUUCUGGAGCACGCUGAGCCGGCGCAAGGAGAAGACGUCGGGCCUCUUCAGCCCGCGGCUCGACAAUGCGCCUUCGCUGGACCCGAUCCUCAGCGGCGUCAUCGACGAUGCCGAGGCCGAGCGCCUCUUUCGGCGUUUCCACGACACCGCUGGCCGCACGCUGGCCUACUUUGACACGGCGCUGUGCACCUUUGGCUACGUGCGGCGCAACUCGCAUGCGCUCCUCUGUGCCAUGUGCCUCACCGUCGCCCGCGUCGAGCGAGGCUCUGAGACGGUGGCCGAAGCCCUCGAGGCGCACGUCGACCGCGUCGUCCUGCCCGCCGUGCUGCUCCAGGACCUGCGCUCCGUCGAGAUUGUCCAGGCGCUCACGAUGCUCGCCGCUUUUCAGAAGCCGAGCGACGACGUGCGUGAGGACCGCGCGUGGACGCUGCUGGGCCAUGCUGUCCGCGUCGCCUCGGAGCUCAACCUCCAGGCCUCGCUGUACGAGGAUGCUGCUCGGUUCCAGCGCCAGGCCGACGAAGCCGAUUGCCGCCUCAGAAGGAACGCCGAGAGAGCGUGGAUCAACCUCUGGCUGCACGAGGUCUCGCUCGCCCAGCACACCGGCCGGCGCUCCGUCGUCGUCGAGCAGCCGCUGGCGUCGGUGUGCCAGCGCUGGCAUUUGGCACCGUACGCCUGCGCCGCCGACCGUGCACUGGUGUCGAUGGUGGAGCUGCGGACGCUGGCGAUGCGCAACCGCCGGCUCCACGACCAGCUCCGCCGCGCUGCGAUGCCGACGGACCGCAGCGGCGCCACGGCCUGCUACGUAGAGCGGUGCCGCGCCGACCUGGCUGCGUGGUCGCGCGCAUGGCUCGACGACCCGGGCUCGGCGACGAUGCCCCGGCUGGAGCUGGCGACGCUGUAUGUCGACCACGCGCUGGUGCAGCUCCUGGGUCUCGCCCUGCACCACAUGGCGCCCGCAGAGUGGGCUGCCGACAUCAUCCUGAGCCUGUACGAGGCCUGCCUGGGAUAUCUCGCCGCCUUCCCACGGCUGCUGCCCCCGGCCAAGCUCGUGCACUGCUACAACUCCUUCUUUGUCGCCGCUUCGUACCAGACGGCCGUGGCGAUGCGCCUGGCCGACCUGGCGCCCCGCUUUGGCUUUGUCGACGUGGCCAGAAUCCGACGCCUGUGCGACGGUGUGGUCGCCUGCCUCGAGGGCGCUGCUGCUGCCUCGGCCUCGGCCUCGACGGCCGCGCACUCCUAUGCGCGCUUCGUCAGGAACAUCCUCCAGCCCCAGCGACGAUCCGUGUCGCCUUCGAGGCCCACAAACGAGGGUGCAGCGAUGGCAAUAAACACCCCUUCGCUCACCGCGACCGCGACCACUACCACCACUACCACUGCAGCAACGCCGCUGUUUGACAUUGACUCGUCCUCGCUCGGCUUUGAGAAUCUCGAGUGGCUCGCGUGGGCCGGUGCCUCGUCGGCGCAGCAGGACGCCCUGCUGGCCGACCUCUUUUCCUUUCGGCAGUAGCCGCCCCCGUCCUGUCACUCUGCACCCACUGUAUCUGUACUGUACUCUGAUCUAACCACACUGCACACGAAUGAUGGCG